GAACUCAUUUUUAGUCUUUUAUUGGGUUUUAUUCUUCAUUUUCCCAUCUUAUAAGCUAUAUAUAUACAAUCUGAAUAUCAUGAAUAAGCAACAGCCUAAUCAUGAGCCUGCAAUGGGAAUUCCAGUAGUCGAGCCAAGCGCUCCUUCAUAUGCGCCUCAUAACCAAUCUAAUGCACAUGUUGGAAGUUUCUCCACUGGUCUUUGUGAUUGUUUCUCUGAUGCUUCUCUUUGUUGCAUGACUUGUUGGUGUCCGUGCAUCACUUUUGGACGGAUAGCAGAGAUAGUUGACAGAGGCUCAUCAUCAUGUGGAGUAAGUGGGGCGUUAUAUGCACUGAUCUUUGGCUUGACUGGGUGUCAAUGUGUAUAUUCAUGUGCAUAUCGAUCAAAGAUGAAGGCCCAAUUUAACAUGCCAGAAAACAAUUGUGAAGAUUGUUGUAUUCAUUUUUGGUGUGAGUUCUGUGCAUUAUGCCAAGAGUAUCGUGAACUUCAACACCGUGGUUAUGAUCUUGCCCUAGGAUGGCAUGGUAAUUUGGAAAAGCAAAAUCAAGGUACGAUGAUGCAUCCACCGAUGCCAAGUGGCAUGACGCGAUAAGCUGGUGGAAAUUUGAGAACGCAUGAUGCAUCAUGGAGAUGAAAAUUUUCAAUAUACUAUGAAAGCAUUAUCUAUUUUACAUGUUUAUGCACUUGCUUGCUUGUUGUAUAUAUGAGGUCUUGUUUGUGAAGAACUGAAGAUAUGAGCUUGUGUAAGCUAUCUGUUAUGAUGUUGUAUAUUUGUA